GAUACCCUUUGCACACAUCUGCUGCAGAUAUAAACAGCGUCUGCCUCACGCCAAAGUAGAGUGUGUUAAAACAGAGAGAGAUAGAGAUCUGUUCGGUUAUUUCGUAGAUUUGAUCAGAAUGUCUGGCGGCGAUGGUAACAACGGUGGAGGGAGACGCAAAGGCUCCGUGAAGUGGUUCGACACCCAGAAGGGGUUCGGCUUCAUCACACCCGACGACGGUGGUGAAGAUCUCUUCGUUCACCAGUCCUCCAUCAGAUCUGAGGGUUAUCGUAGCCUUGCUCCGGAGGAAUCCGUCGAGUUCGAGGUUGAGGUCGACAACAGCGGACGUACCAAGGCUAUCGAAGUCUCUGGACCCGACGGCGCUCCCGUUCUUGGAAACAGCGGCGGUUCAUCUGGAGGUCGCGGUGGCUUCGGUGGUGGUGGAAGAGGAGGGGGACGUGGUGGUGGCGGGCGAGGUUAUGGUGGUGGUGACAGUUACGGAGGAGGAGGUUAUGGUGGUGGUGGAGGUUACGGAGGAGGAGGUUAUGGUGGCCGUGGAGGCGGUGGUGGUGAUGGGGCUUGUUACAAGUGCGGAGAACAAGGUCACAUGGCGAGAGACUGUUCCCAAGGUGGUGGUGGAUACGGAGGAGGUGGCGGCGGUAGGUUCGGCGGUGGAGGAGGCGGAGGCGGAGGGAGCUGCUACAGCUGUGGAGAGUCGGGUCAUUUCGCGAGGGACUGCACAAGCGGCGGUCGCUAAAUAAAAAGUUAAAAGCGGCUUGUAGAAGGGUAAAUCAGUCAUCUCGCCGCCUGCUAUCUAUCCUCUAUCGUUAUGUAUUAGGACUUUGUCGUUAUGAUGGUACUUGUGUUGCUUAAGAAUCUGGUUUCAUGUUUGCAUGUUUUAUCAUUGUUCUUGCUAUUUACUCCAAGCGUUCCAUAAUUUUUUUCCGGUUAAAAGUUUGUUCACGAUUCAAGUCUAAAAGUUGUGUUCUGCGAACGGAUAAAUAUUU